AUGGAUCCCAUCAACACUCGUUUCUCGUCGCCGCUUUCGACUCCAGCUCCUCCAUCGGCCACCUCAUCAACAGGCCCAGGUCAAGGAUACCCUUCACCACCUGUAACCGCUCACGAUGAGACAUCCGCGUCGGAAGAUGAGACGGGUAGAGGACGGUCCAAGUUCCCCAUGCUGUCCGAGGUGGAAGUUGGUCUCGAUGACCACAUUGACGGCAUACUAUCACCGGCUAGCAAGGCUGGGUCCCGUGCUGCGUCAACGACCAAAUCUCGCAACAGAGGGGUUAGUGGCUCGACGAACAAGACAAACGACAGCGUACAGCGACUCACAGCUGCUGAGAUGCGGGAGCUGACGAGCUCUCCCGACUCCUUACCAAUUGCGCCUGCCCCCGAGCGUCGUUCGAUAGACCAGGAGAUGGCGGCCAAGACCGCUGAUCAGCGGGAACAACUUCGACAGCGUCUACAGAGCCGUUCUCCGGAUCCCAGAAGGCUGGACAAGAUUCAAACGAAUGGCACGGCUUUUGAGACUUGGACCACUGCCGGACCCAACGGGCUCUGGCAGAUGAAAGAUGGACCCCAACGGCCGUGUUCGCCGCGAACUGUGUCGACGCCCCCUACAUCUCGGGUUCAGCAAUAUGCGCAUGAAAGUAGCUCUCAACCCGCUUCACCUAGACGAUUUUCGUAUAACCCGUUGAGUCGACCUCCGCCGCUCAACUUAAACGGAGAAGCGGCCAAUGGUUCUGUUCACGGGCACCCAAUGUCCCCAGCAAUCAAGACAGGACCGGCGGUUUUGAAUACGAAUCAACCUUCAACAGCCUCCUCUGGUCACGGCCAUGUCGGUCCCAGCCCACCGUCGCCGAUUCCAUCCAUGAUUCCUCUCCCACCCAUGUCUCUUCCCACACACUUGCAGCUGGAGCUGGCCGCCCAGAGACCAAGUCCUCUGUACAUCCACCAAUCCCAUUUGAAUGAUAUCCCUUACGAAUCCUACACGGCCAAACUAGAGAGACUAAAGAACGUCUUAUUACUACCUCCGUAUCUGGAGCGAACCCUGUAUUUUGGUGCUUUGGCAUGUUUAGACGCAUGGCUGUAUACCUUUACUAUUCUUCCCAUUCGGUUUUUCAUAGCGUUAGGCGUCUUGAUAAAAUGGUGGGCUCAUGUGGUAUCCAAGGAAGUUAGAUGGCUCGUUGGAUAUGUACGAGAUGGCCUAGGAAGGCUCUGGGAGCGUGGGCGAUCAAACCAGUCUCGGAGACCUAGUGAUGUCUCUGAGCAGGACCGCUCACGAAGUUGCAGUCGUGUGAGGGAGCCGUCUCAUGACAGAGGGGGUGUAUCCGCCUCAGUUCUCCGAGAUCGAUUGCAUCACACGAGAUUGGAAACGCAUGCCGACGGGAAUGAGUUACCGAAGUCGCCGCUGCCCAAUGGCCGACACCCCGGGCCAAAGUCUGGCACUUUUCGACACAAAAGAACAAGGUCGACUCCUUCAAGCUUGUCGGCAUUUCAUAAGGCAGACUUGCUACAGGGAGCGGUCAUUAUUUGCAGCUCAUUGGCCCUGAUGACUCUCGAUGCCAGCCGUAUGUAUCACUUUAUCCGGUUACAAUCCGCCAUCAAGCUCUACGUUAUAUACAACAUCCUUGAAGUCGGCGACCGUCUCCUCUCAGCCCUUGGCCAGGAUAUCCUAGAAUGCCUCUUUAGCAACGAAACCCUAUCACGCAACUCCUCUGGUCGAUCCAAGAUUCUCCUUCCGCUCGGCAUGUUUCUGCUCGCCCUCGCCUACAAUUGUCUACACUCCAUCGCGCUGUACUACCAGGUCAUCACGCUGAACGUUGCAGUCAAUUCGUACUCAAACGCACUUCUUACACUCCUCUUAUCCAACCAAUUCGUCGAGAUCAAAAGCACUGUGUUCAAGCGGUUCGAAAAGGACAAUCUCUUCCAAUUGACAUGUGCAGACAUCGUGGAGCGCUUCCACCUCUGGAUCAUGCUUCUCAUUAUUGGCAUGCGCAAUAUUGUGGAAGUAGGCGCUUUUUCCGUUCCAGGAGCAGGAUUCGAUUUAACACACGAUGAUGGCUCAAGUGCAGUGCCGCUACACCCGCCAUCGAUUCUGCCACAUAGCUUUACAGUGUUGCCUUCGUGGCUCAUGUCUGGCGAAGCAUUGUCUCCAUUCUUGAUUGUGGUUGGCAGCGAGAUGCUGGUCGAUACAAUCAAGCAUGCAUACGUCACCAAAUUCAACAACAUCAAGCCGACGUUCUACGGGAGAACCUUGGAUAUCUUGUGCAAGGACUACUACACAAACGCCUUUGUGACUCCCUCACUUACACGUCGGCUCGGCUUGGCCGUCAUCCCUCUCUCAUGCCUCUUCAUCCGCGCCUCUGUCCAAACCUACCACAUGUUCCUGGCCACCCACGUUCCCAUGCCUAUUCCGCCAUCGACGCAAACUUCACUAACCGAAGAAUCCGCCGUCCCUUCAUCCCCCGCCAUGAUCGCCGCCCUAAGUCGUUUCGACGCCUUGAUCCGGGACUCCCUCGGCCGUGCAACAUACGGCUACCCCUAUGGUUCGCCGCUCAACUCCCGCCCCUGGUACGCCUGGACAUCCGACGACUUCAUCGCCGCGUUGACAAUGGUGGUGGUAUUCUUCAUCGUCUUCCUCGUCCUUCUCAUACUCAAGCUUCUCUUGGGCAUGGUCCUCCUCAAAUACUCGCGAAACCGAUACGCCAAGAUGAAACAGAAGGAAAGCAUAGUUGCUCAGGGGAAAGCCGAGGUUGAGUCUUACGAUGCCAUUGGUAGACGCGUCGGCGGGAGGGGUGAUGUUGAAGUCACGGAUGAUAAAGCGAGGUGGAUACAUGCAGAUAAAUCAGAGGGAUUGAAGGGCGGGAAGGGCCCGGGAGGCAAGAAGGGUGAUGAUAAAGGUGGGAAGAAGGCGGAUGGUGAUUACAUGGGUGUAGCGAGGUAUGAAAUGGUCGCCAAGAGGAUAUGGUAG